CCCCGAGGAGGUGGGGGUAUAAGUGACAGUGGGCGAGAUUCAUACGUUCCCAAUUACGUUGGCGGUGGUAAUGACAGGUAUCGAUCGGGGGUUGAUGGACCCAUGCCUCCACGACGAGAUAAUAUAGAUCCGGCAUCAAGAGAUCGAUAUUGGCGGCCAAGCCGAAGUCGAAGCCCAGAAAUGAGAGACCGCAGUCGAUCGGGAGAUCCUGGUUCUUUGUCCCAUCAUUUGUACAGGCGAUAAUUCGCUCGUUUUCGGGCGGGCAGAUCUACGUUUAUAAUUCACCCUUUCUUCAUUCCCGCACCAAUGUUUUCCUCUACAGCCCAGGGGAAUAUAUCCGAAUAUCCGCCGUAUUCAACCCAUCAUUUUCACUUUCUGUUAUAUUCUUCAUUUAUUGUGAUGUGGAAAGGCACUGUGCAUCAGGCGAACUAGACAGGAGUUCUGCGAGCAUAUAGUGGAUGAAUCAAAGACUUUCAAUAUGUUUGUCGUAUCGAGACAUGGAUUUCAGGCGCAAUAUGGACAGCCCAUUUGUUUACAGCCCAUUUGUUUACAGCUUAUUUAAAUUAGUCCGUACUAUAAUUCGUGUGAGUGAACUUAACUUGUAUUGCUAUCCAGGAGAGCCUCACAGUCUUCUAACUGGAGCUCUAUAAAUACUGCUCAAUUGAAUAAUAAUAAUUCCAUGAAAAUUUCCAAGAGGUACGACUGGACAAACUAAAGCAUCCAGGUGCUCUUGAUAAACGGAAUCACUUGCUAGUGGCUUGAGGAGUCAUUAUGACCACGCAUCGCUAUAGUAUUGAUAAUGCAUGGAGACAUAGGAACAAGAUAUCACUGCGGAUUGAUAUACGGGUAUACCGGGGGAACUAGGUCGAACAAUGCUAAAGACAAACAGGGUAACUAAAUAAGAGCCUGAAUGUAAGACGAAAAUUUAACGAUAGGCUUACGGCUGUCCCUUGCGUAUCUAAGGAAAGAGAUCCUAGAAGAUUGACUGAUGCAAUGUAAAUUUACUAGUCAAGGAGCUAGGAGGAACUAGUAUAGGGGGGACUUAGGCAUGAAGGAUUAGUAUACUUUUAUGCUCUCUGGGGACUGCAGAGCAAGUAUAUAAGACGGCGUGUGAUUUGAUCAAUGGCUGGACCAAAACCCUCGCUGGGCGUGUGGUUACUCAUUCGUCAACGGGCUAUUGCGAGACUUUGUAUUUCUUGCAAUAAGAUCCUGGUAUUCAUAUUUACAUCCGUAAUAUGCUUAUCACUAUGUUCUCUUCCUCCCUCUUUUUGUUUCCCCCAGAAUCCUUUCCAGUUUCUGCUGGAAUUGUCAGAGCUCGGUGCCCAUAUUCACCAGAGGGCCCGUGGCCCCUAGCCACGGCUAUUAAUCUAAGCCUUAAGGGUUAUGCCUACAAGCCGUACAGUAAGCCUGUCACGUCUGACACGACGGCGUCUAAGGCCGCCAACAACCGGGACGACGGCAAGGAUAGGACAGUCCCUGCAAAGGCCACGGCUGAUGUGAAUGCCAAGAACAAGGAAACUCCGAGGACGGCGCCAGACUACUCCAAACCACCGCCGAGGCCUUGUUAUACGUGUGGUGAAAUGCACUGACACUGCUUCUAUCCCUCUCGCAAGCCUGCCGCCAUUGAUUUGGUGGACCUUAGCCGCCAGGCUGCGCUUAACGCAAUUAUUGAGGCAGAGCAGGCCGCACAGCCCAUCAUGGAGGACGACGAAGGUGACGGAGCCUCUUCCCCUGAUACGUUGAUAGAGGGAAACUAACUAGAUGGCGGCUCUGGCGUCGGGGCGCCACGAGAUACAACCUGCACUGUGACCCCAGCAAAUCACAAGUGAUACUCAUUUUUAAUCGUCACUUCUGCAACAACGACCCCUUUUACGUUCUGUAUCGAUACUGGCGCUUCCGUAUCACUUAUAUCCCAGCGCUGUCUGCUAGACUCUUUAGCCUGUAUUGGUGUUCCCGCUACCAGAUUUCGAGAAACCG